AUGGCUGCAGGAGUGGCGGCAUGGCUCCCCUUCGCCCGCGCGGCGGCUAUAGGAUGGAUGCCGGUUGCUACCGGUCCUAUGCCCAUUCCUCCCCGGGAAAAUAAGAAAUCCCAAGACCAGGGACUUAUCAUCCUCAACGUCAGCGGUCAGAAGUUCCAGACGUGGAGUAACACUUUGGAACGUUACCCGGACACUUUACUGGGGAGCACCGAGAAGGAUUUCUUUUUCCACGAGGAAACAAAAGAGUACUUUUUUGACCGUGACCCUGAUAUUUUUAGACACAUUCUGAAUUUCUAUCGCACGGGAAAACUGCACUACCCACGCCAAGAGUGUAUUGCAGCUUAUGAUGAAGAGUUGUCGUUUUUUGGGAUCAUACCUGAGAUUAUUGGAGACUGUUGCUAUGAGGAGUACAAGGACCGGCGGCGCGAGAACCAGGAGAGGCAGCAAGAUGACGAGGACGAUGAGAAAGAAGAUAUAGCUCCGCCAAACAUGACCUUCCGGGAGUACAUGUGGCGGGCUUUUGAGAACCCCCACACGAGCACCACGGCCCUGGUCCUCUACUAUGUCACCGGGUUUUUCAUAGCCAUCUCAGUCAUGGCCAACGUGGUGGAGACGGUGCCGUGUGGAACCCUCCCCAACCGCGCCAAGGAGAUCUCAUGCGGGGACCGUUACGCAGUGGCCUUCUUCUGCCUGGACACGGCCUGCGUCAUGAUCUUUACCAUCGAGUACCUCUUACGGUUAAUCGCAGCCCCCAGCCGGUACAACUUUAUGAAGAGUGUGAUGAGCAUCAUCGACGUGGUUGCCAUCAUGCCUUACUACAUCGGCUUGGUCAUGACGGACAAUGACCAAGUGAGCGGGGCUUUCGUCACCCUCAGGGUCUUCCGGGUUUUCAGGAUUUUCAAAUUCUCCCGGCACUCUGCGGGGCUGCGUAUCCUGGGCUACACACUGAAGAGCUGCGCCUCGGAGCUGGGCUUUCUGCUCUUCUCCCUCACCAUGGCCAUCAUUAUCUUCGCCACUGUGAUGUUCUACGCAGAGAAGGGCUCCGCUUCCACCAAGUUCACCAGCAUUCCCGCUGCUUUCUGGUACACCAUUGUCACCAUGACAACGCUGGGAUACGGUGACAUGGUACCCAAGACCAUCGUGGGGAAGGUGUUUGGGUCCAUCUGUUCUCUGAGCGGGGUGCUGGUCAUUGCCCUGCCUGUCCCCGUCAUCGUGUCCAACUUCAGCCGUAUUUACCACCAGAGCCAGCGGGCAGAGAAACGACGAGCUCAAAAGAAAACCCGGAUCGCUAAAAUCCGUGCAUCGAAGAGCCAGGGCACUACCGCGUAUAUGCACUACAAACACUACAACGGUCUUCUUCUCUCUGUGUACCCCAAGGCGUCCAAGGAAGCAGGACAGCUCCUAGUGGGAAAACCCAACAUUCCCUUUGAGAGCCAUCAUCACCACCUUCUACACUGCCUGGAGAAGACCACAAAUCAUGAGUUUAUUGACGAGCAGACUUUCGAGACCAACUGUAUGGAGGUAACCAUGGUGAACAAAUCCGGAUCUCGAGCCUCGUCCCUGUCGUCGUCUCCCUCCGGCCUGUCGUCCUGCUGCUCCAGACGACACAGGAAGAAGAGCUCCAGUCUGGCCAACUGUAACAACCAGGAGCUUUCCACCAUCCAGAUCAGAGAGAGGCCUGUGGUCAACAGUCGCUCCAGUCUGAACGCCAAACUAGACUCUGAGACGGUGCCGUUGAAGAGCGAGCCCUACAUCACCACCUCCGUGGUCAACCUGCGUCCCGCCCCUCUCCCAUUGGUGACAUCAUCAGACGGUGACGGAUCCACCAGCUCCACCGUCAAUUAUUCUCAGAGCAACAUUGUCAGAGUGUCAGCCUUGUAG